AUGGCGUUUUUUGAAGGCGAGGUUGUUGCGCUUGCGGCCCUUGGAGUGGCAUGCAUUGUGGCAGGGGCCAUCUGUGCCUUUCUCUUUCGUCGCCUUCAGGCCGCGUCUGCCGUCGCCGCCGUCUACGAGUGGGAGUCCCUCUCGCUUGCCUUUGCACUCCAUCGAGGCACGCUCUGGCUGAGGGAGCAAUGGGAACAAGGUCAAGCUGCACCUGGUGGUCUGGUUGAGGAUCUGCAUCAUGGUGUGGCAAAGUCAGCGGCUCACGUUCCGGUCGUCUCGGCCACCUUGGCCGACGAAGUCAUCCGCAUGCGCUUGAGGCAAGAGAACGAGAAGCAGCCGGUUGCAGGCUUUGUCGUCGGUGUGGUAUCUGGCCCGCACUCGUCGUCGGCAGCCGCUGCUGUGCUCCGCAGGUUUGUGGCCGGUGGCAGAAGCAAAGACGGGUCGUCGGCACGGCUCAAGUACUCGCUGGAGCAGUUUGCCGUGGACGAUGCUCGUAUUGGCCGAAGCGGCACCGAUCUGCGUUCGGAGCAGGCCUUCCCCUCUCACUUUGCCACCGCCUUUGCGCCCGGCUCGUCAGCGCUGACGCUGCUUGCUUUGGGCGCCGACGGCCAGCCGACGGUCGCUGCACUCGACAAGAUUCAAGUCGAGGUUCUCCGUUUGCAGUAUGCGGUUCCCGGUACUGACGCUUCUCAGCGAGCCCGCGAGGUUGACCAGGACCUCGAGUCGACAUAUGAGUCGCGUGGGGGUCAGAUCAAGAUCUCACUCAACUCGCUCGCCACCGGCGUCUUCACCAUGGCGGUGUGGUACGACCGAACCUUUGUGCCUGAGGCGCAUUUGACGGUUGCAUUCUGCGCCGGCCCGGUCUCGCCGCCGCACUCGGGCAUUUCUACCAACUCUGCGCUGUACUUUGACAACGCGAGCCAUGUCUUUGCAUCAGAGAUCUUCCACCACGGGCAGGUUGUGGCGCUCGACGUCUCGCUCCGUGAUGCGGACGGGCUGCCGUACCAGCCAAACUGGCUCGGCAAUGCGCUUUCUGGCGGAGUGACGUCGAUGCCUGGCGAUGUGCUCGCACCAGUGCCGGACUGGCUUGACGCACUGCUGCUGCCGCCGACAGUCAGUCGGCAAGCAAUGGCCGACGCUGUCCGCGACCAGUCUACGCCGGCCUCGAUCCACGCCACGACAGGCUUUCCAGGUGGCUCGCUCUCAACCUCUGCGACGCACUCACCACUGCCGUCGCCAAAGCGGCCACCGGCAAGCCGGCCGUUGCCACCGCACCUUGUGCAGGCACUUCCGCCGCUCGUCACCUUUGUGGGCGAGUAUUCGUUCAUUGGCGAGGGCAAGAUGUAUCGGGUUGAACAGCACCUCGUGCCAACGACCGAGGCUCGCAAGUCUUCGCCGCCUUUCUCGUUUACGGCGUGGCGGGUUAACAUCGUCCCUGGCGUUGUCCGGUUUGGCGACACCAUUUCGCUUGGCCCGGAGCCACCGCGGUGGCCGGUGCUCGUGGGGCACGUGUCGUGCCAAGCCUUUGCUGAGCCGCGCGGCUUCCGGCUCCUGUGGUCGUCGUCACAGCGGCAUAGGCCGCUGUGGAUGUGGGAGCCGAUUCCACCGGACGCAGACCAUGUGGCGCUCGGGGUGGUCUGCACCCAUACAGCCGACAUGCCAGCGGUGUCCUCGGUGGUGACGGUCCACAAGCGCGAGCUGGUUGCGUUUGUGGCCAAGUCAGAGCGCUCGCCAAUGUGGAAGAUCCGGCCGCAGAUGUCCAAGAAGCGCCAGUCUGUCGGCCUUGUGGCGCAGACGAUAGUCAUGGCGCUCAACCACUACACCGGGACCAUUACGUGGGGCCUGGAUCCUGUGCUCACCACCACACCACCGCUGGUUAUGCACCGGUUCCUCCCGGGCCAUGUCCUCCACCCACCUCCGCAGCUCUUCCGCGGCGCGUCGCUGGCGCUGGUGUGGACCAACUCGGGCAUGCAUGCGGCGACCAAGAAGCUCUCGGUCUGGCGGCCGCUCCCGCCGUCUGGGUAUGUGCGUCUCGGGCACGCGCUCCAUAACCGGCACUCGGUGCCGAAGAAGCACCCCAUUGUGGUGGCGCGUGACCAUAGCGCCCUUGUGAGGCCGGUCUCGUACGCACUGGUGUGGUCAGAGCAGUCGACAUCACCGCCGCUGUUUGUGUGGCGGCCAGUGGCGCAGAAUCCGUCGACACACGUGGCAGUCGGCCUGGUCGCGACGACCAAGGCCUCGCCGCCGUCACUUGGCGAAGUCCGCCUUGUCUCGCGCGCCUUUGUCCGCUGCUCACCUCUGGUUCCGGACAUGGUGCUGUGGCGGUGCAAAAAGGCACCGCUCUGGCGCAUUCUCGCCAAUGAGAUCUUGCACUCGGAGGCCUUUGACAUUGUCAAGUCGCCCGCGGGCGGGUCGUCUACGACCAAGUCUGCGCCGCGGCGGAGUAUGGGUGCCGAUGCCGAUGUGCGGACCAAGAUGGUGGAUCGCAUCAAGUCGUCGUCGUCGCGCAACCGUGUCGGCACCAGCUCGCAGGCCUCAUCGCGGGCGUUCCCGGACAAGGCCAAGUCCAAGCGCGGGAAAGCGUCGGGCCAAGCAGCUCGCAAGGCCAAGUCUUCCGCCUCCCGCUCGGCUGCAACCACCAAGCUCCACGACUCGAAGGAGAGUUUGUCGGCCUCGCGCUCGAUCUCCAAGUCGCGGCUCGACACCUCGCUCUCGUCGACAACCGGAAAGACCAAGGCGUCCUAUGACUCGAGCCUCAACUCAAUUUCCGAAGUCAGCCCACAGGGCGCACGAGUGGCGGCGGCGCGGCUGAUUGCCAAGGGCAAGGAGAUCGCCGAGGAGCAGCAGUCUUCGGUCGAGGCGGUGGAUGAUGGCGCCGAGGUGAGCUUGAGCUUCUCUGAAUCCGAGUCUGAGGUCGAGGAGCAAGAGGACGAGUGCGGGUGCGAAGCCGAUUGCGUGAGCGAGCUGUUUGGCUCUGCUGCGGCGUUUGACGCUGCGGAUGGGCAGCACCUGGAGCUUGUGUUUGUUGCCGAGGAAGUCGAGCAGCAGGAGGUUGAUGAUGUGGCAUCAGACGUGGCUGACUUUGACGUAGAGUCGUCGCAUCCGCUGUCGUCACCACUGGUAGUCGUGUCGUCGUCGGCGAACAUUGACGGAAUACGUGUGCCGCUCGGUAAUUAUGCUGGCGACGGCGACACCCCUGACGUUGGCGAGCGCAGGCGCGGCGCCAACGACGAGCAGGAUGGGAUCAAGAGCGAUGGCGCGGAUGACGACAAGGCGGAUGCGUUGCUCGAUGUUGGCGUGGCGUCGGCCAUGUCGUCGUGCGAAGACACGGCGUUCUUUGCUUCGCUCGACGAUGCGACGGGUCUGCUGCCUUCAUCAUUAGGGCGAUCGGGUGUUAGCGGCUCGGGCUCUUUCAUCCUCGGCGAUCAGACUGGGAUCUCGGACGGCUUGCUCAUUGAGCUGGACGCGGACGACAUUGUCAUGUUUGUCAUGCCGGAGCUGGGCACGUUUGCGCUGCGUGCACCGGGCGAGACGGCACCUGUGCCUGUGGCGUCGUACGAGGUGGUGGCGAUGGGCGCAGCGCACGGCGACGCCGACGUGACCAUGACAGGGAGUGGGACUUGGCGGGUGUACGAGACCGAUGCCGACGACGUCGAGAUGUUUGCCACACGGCGGCGGCUCAUGCAGUCGCAACGGCGGUGGGCGGCACUGGCAGAGGCGUCUGGACAGGCGAUGCCUGGAGUAACGCCGUCUGCGCCGUUUCUGUGUGGCACACCCGUGGGCAUCCCAAUCUCGUGGUUCCUCCUUGGCUCGCAGUCGCGCGAGUACGCGAUGCGGUUUUGCGUCGGCUCGCCGCAGGAUGUAGUGACGGCGAGCAAUCUGACUAAUGUGUCGUCGUCGCACGACUCGCCCUCGAGCACGUCGCAGCUGCCGAACAAGGCGUCGAUGGUGGUGGUGACCGGGACGCUGACCGAACUCAUGACCGGGAUCUCGCAGACGCACGGAGGGGUGGCGGUCUCGGCCGACUUGAACCAGCACAAGCUGUACGUGGCGUUGCCGCAGGACAAGGAAGGCCCGAUGCGGCUGGAUGUGUUGGUCAACGGACACCAUGUGGGCGGCUCGCCGUUCCUCUUCUACCUGCACCGGCUCUCGCUGGCCAACUCGCGCAUUGACAUGCUCUGUACCGGCGAGAACAUGACGCGUAAGCGGCUGGGCGUCAAAGAGGCAUGCUUUGCGGUCUCGUCCAAGUUUGAUCUGGUGACGCUCGGGCGGCGGGCGUUUAUUAUCACCGCCGGGCAGGAGUACACGCUCCACCUCGCCCCGUUUGACAUCUACGGGCGGCGGCUGGCGGCGGUGGCGGACGACGUCAUUUCGGCGCUCAAGCUCGUUUUCGAGCCGUUCCGCAGCCCGUUUGCCUUCAAGGUCAGCACCGGCGGGUUGUUGGUGACGCGCUUCACGGUGACGCACCCAGUCUUUGCCCCACUCUCGCAUCUCGAUGCGCAGUUGAAGCUCUCGCCGAUGGUGGUGAGCCUCGGGCGCGAGGCCUGGGCCCACGACCCGAGCCUGCACUAUCUGGCGGUUUCGGAUCCGGCGGUGAUGGCACCGCCAGGCAGUGCAACUCGGAGUAUGCCGGGCCAUGUCGUGUUUGACUACCUCGAGAGCGCGACCGCCAUGCGGCGCAUCCCACUCUGCACCAAGCAGAAAACUGCCAUUGCGCACCUGUACCAUUCGUCGCAAAAGUGGGCGGCGUACAUGCGGAACCUCGCUAAGCUUGCAGCCGCGCUCAAGUCGCCGACGCUCCUCACCCUCGCCCCGCUGCCGGACUCGGACCACGAGGCAGCGCCCAAGGUAGAGCCCGAGGUCAAGCCGAUGACACCGCCUGAACCUGCGGUUGUGUUGCCAGGUUGCCUCCAGACGCAGCUCUCGGCUGCGUCCGACGGCCUCGAGCCGGACUCGGCCAUCGAGACCUCGGCAUCAGCGGCAUCGAACAGCGAUGAUGACAACAACAAGGGCGAUCCGAAGCUGUCUGCGGCCCAGCCACCCAAGCCGUCGUCGACGACGAUCCUGCCGCAGGACAAGUCGUCGUCGGGUGCACUCGGCACCUCGUCGAGCAACAUCCAAUCGCGAUCGUCGGGAGCGCUCUCGACCGUCACGUCUGCCGGUGCCGUCAACUCAGUCCAGUCGACAACAACCGACGAAGUUGGCGCGCAGAUGACCUCGGCUGGCUACUCGGAGUACACCCUCCAGCAGAACACGGGCCUCUCGUCGGGCGUCGACUCGUGGAUGACUGGACCCAUCGGCUCGUCGCAGGUCACCUCGACCUAUCAUUGAAGGUUUUCCAAUGGAA